GCGUUGUGUUCUAUCCGGUUUCAUUUAAAUAUAUCCUCUUUUGUUUGUACAGAGGAGGCAAGAAACAAAGUUGAACGUCAUUUUAAGGGCAGGGAUCCCUAAAAUGGCAUGGGACUGUUAAAAUAAUUAAGAAACCAUAAGAAGUCAGAAAGCAAACUUACGCUGAAACGUCUAUGGAGUCUACGUAGUAGGCUCGUUGAACCACGAACUAUGGGUGUCAUGCAUGAUAAAUAUACGAUUGCACUUGUCACCAUGAAACAAGGAAAUUAUGAAGAAUCGGUCCACACUUUUAGACGCAUAAAGUUGAGAGCAUCACAGUCCCCGUUUAUUUGACGUAGAUGACGAGAGCAUUUUAUCCGGUUAAUUUUGGAGAUAAGAGCGGAGUAGGCAAAGGUGUAUACUAUAAGUUACCAACUGAAAAAAAUUGCUUUCAGUGAUUUAAAUUAGCCUAAAUUGUGCAGUAUGCAAUUAUCUUCCAAGCUGAAGACUAACGUCAUACGGUCAUUGCACAUUGUUUUUUGUCAUGUGAUAUCUGUAAGUUAAAACGUGUAACAGAAUGAGAAUUAACCGUCACUGCAUUUUUAUAACAUCAUAGAUAACACGCAACUGUGGUAGUAUUGCGUUACUGUAGCCUACAUAAUGCUGCAAUGAUUGGAGUAAAAUGUGUCGUCACUGACAGUGAAGUUUAGGGCAAUGAGCCGGAGAAUUCGAGUGUUUCUGUCUUACGGACCUUUCCACUCAGACGAAAAGUCGAGCAGGUCGUUUCCUCUGGCGGUGGACAUCCAAGGUUAUUCAUCUUCAAAGGGGCAAGGAUGGACAUGGAGAUGUUUAACCACAGGCUGAAUGUGUACAUUGACUCCUGGAUGGGCCCCAGAGAUCCCCGGGUCCGAGGCUGGCUUCUGCUGGACCACUACCCUCCAACACUGGCUCUCACGGUGAUGUACCUGCUGAUUGUUUGGCUAGGGCCGAAGUACAUGAGAACCAGACAGCCCUUCUCCUGCAGACGUGUCCUGGUGGUCUACAACGUGGGGCUGACCCUGCUGUCCCUGUACAUGUUCUGUGAGCUGGUGACUGGUAUGUGGCAGGGCAACUACAACUUCCUAUGCCAGGACACACACAGCGCUGGAGAGGCUGACACAAGGAUCAUAAAUGUCCUCUGGUGGUACUACUUCUCCAAGCUGAUCGAGUUCAUGGACACCUUUUUCUUCAUCCUGCGGAAGAACACUCACCAGAUCACCUUCCUGCAUGUGUAUCACCACGCCACCAUGCUCAACAUCUGGUGGUUCGUCAUGAACUGGGUGCCGUGCGGACACUCAUAUUUUGGAGCCUCCCUCAACAGCUUCAUCCACGUGCUGAUGUACUCCUACUACGGCCUGUCUGCCAUUCCUGCCCUGCGACCCUACCUCUGGUGGAAGAAGUAUAUCACUCAGGGUCAGCUGAUCCAGUUUGUGUUGACCAUGGCUCAGACAGGCUGUGCUGUGGUCUGGCCCUGUGGUUUCCCGGACGGCUGGCUCUAUUUCCAGAUCGGCUACAUGGUCAUACUAAUCACACUUUUCUCAAACUUCUACGUACAGACCUAUCAGAAGCAAGGAGCUUUCAGAAGAAGGGAGUAUCAGAACGGGUCCACAGAAGCCAUGAACGGCUACUCUAACGGGGUCUCGUCCACUGAAGAUAAAGCUCAUGGGAAACUGAGGGUCGACUAAAGCCUAAUACAUCCUCUAUGCAAGGAAUGAAACGCCAACACUGAUGCCAGGAGCAACACAAGGGUGUGCCUUGCAUCCUUGUGUAGCAAAAUUUGCAAUCCAGAAUGUGUAGUGCAACGUAAACGUGCGCUCCAAUUCCACAAGUUUCCGCUAGAGGAGCUAAAUAUAAACAGGAUGUAAAAACUGUUCAACCAACAACUUCACACAAAGAAGUAAUCCUUUCCACUCACUCCAGCCAGAUUAGCCCAGGCUGCCACCUUGUGGUUUGGCAGUGUAGAAGCUGGUUAAAGCAAGGACUUUGCGUAUGUUCCAUGUCUGCGUUUGCGUUCCUUGUGUAGAGUAUGUAACAGGUUUAAGACAGCACCAACUGCUGUCUGCCUUAGAGUCAAACUUUGCAGUCUUGACACAUUCUUAAAUAUCUGCAUACAUUUGCUAAGAAAGCCAUGUAAAAUUUCUUGAUAAAAGAGAUUAAAUUAAGAGUAUAUUAUUAUCCAAUGUAGACAAAAUGCCAAAGCAAUUCUAAUCUUCAAGAGAUUCCUUUAAACCUUUUGCACAUCACAACCUGUUUAUUAUUCAUAUUGAAUUAAAAACCAUUAUGGUUAAAGUAGAAAUAUAUUUUAAGUAAGCUAAGAUUGUAUGUGUACUAGUGACCCUUUUAUUUGGAGUGUCAACAGCACUGAAAGAGGAGAUAAUUUAGCCAAAACUUUAUUUUUAAAGCAGCUGGGCUUUGUGUUAAGCUGUACCUCGUCAAAAAAACGCACACUCAGUCAUAAUGCAGCACGGUCUUUAAUGCAGAAAGUAAAAAAAGCAUACACUCACUAAGCACUUUAUUAGGUACACCUGUACACCAGCUUGUUAAUGCAGAUAUUUAAUCAGCCAAUCAUGUGGCAGCAACUAUAAGCAUGUAGACAUGGCUUAGAGGUUCAGCUGUUUUUCAGACUGUUAAUGAGAGAGGUCAGAAGAGAAGGGCUAGACAGUAACGAAAAUAACCAUUACAACAGUGGUAUGCAAAAGAGCAUCUUUCAACACAACGCGUCAGACCUCUGGAGUGGAUAGGCUACAGCAGCAGAAGACCAAUAAGUCUAAAAAAAUAAUAACAUAGAUAAUAAUAAUAAUAAUACCUAAUAAAGUGCUCACUGAGUGUACAUAUAUAGUACUUCACCGAGCCUGUGCAUUAAAUACAACACUAAAGCAUUUUAUUAUAUAUUAUUUUUCAUUGGGACUGCUAACGCUGUCAUUCUGAGGCAUGAGACUGCCUGUAGUGUUUUACUGCAUCUGACGGCUUUUCUCUGCUGCUGCUGUAGCCGUAAGGCUUCCACUGUGUGCAACACAGUUAACCUGUCGUAUGGCACUGGCUUCCCCAAAAUGCCUAGUAGUAACUAUAGCAAAAAAAUUAUUUUCUAUUAAUGUAGUUUGUAUAAAUAAGUAUAAAUUUUCUUUAGAAAAUAGUAACUGUAAUCUAUACGAAUGUUUACAUGAAGUGCAGCAUAACUUUAUGCGCCAGUGAGAAUCAUGAAAAAAUGAGAUCGGUUAUGUUUUUAUUAGGUAUCAUGAGAUUUUAGCACGAUGCUUUGUAAGAAGUCCGCUAAUGUUCUUAAUGUACAGAUUGAUAGCACUUAAUGUAUAUUGCCAGAGUAUGGGCUUAAAUUGAUUGGGAAUGUUGAUUCUGAGAGAACAAAGUGUGGAUGAAUCUUAAUGUUGUGAACUUUGACUGAAUCUGAACCUUCACUCAGGAGAACUGGGUCCAUGCCAAGUACAGCUAAACCCAUAUUCAGGGCUGUGAUAAGGGUUGAGUUAGUUCCCAAGUGUCACAAUGAUUGAAAUAAAUUGCUUUUAGAAAUGUUAAGGUAUAAAUGAAAUGUUUAAAAACAUUUUUAAUUAUAUUUAUAAAAUUGGGGUUUGACAUUGCAGAGCCAUUAUUUAUGAUUAUUAUGAGGAGGAUUAUGCUUUUUUUAGUAUGACAGUUGUAGAUUGAUUGAUCAUGUGUUUUGGUUGUUUCUGGUUACUGUUUUGAUUAACCCUGGAUGAAAACCAUUUUAUUUUUGUUUUUCUGAACAAUAAAAGCAUUGAAAAAGGCAGUGACCGUGAGAUGGGGGAAGUUCUGGAGUUUCUCUGGCUUGGGGGCCACCUGAAGCCGUCUGUGUGGGAAAGAGUGAAAUGGCCCGUCCCUUGCUCCAGCAAAUAUACACUGAGCUGCACAACGUUUGGGACAGAGACAUAGGUUGUGUCCGAAAUAUGAAGGCAGCAUUUUCACAAUUUUCACUAUUUUGUUUGUCCUUUGUGGUCAUGUCCCAAAUUAAAGUAAUCAAAAAUGCAUCCA